CCCGCAAACCAAAUCCCACUGAAACAGCCCCUCGAAAGCAAAUCGGAACCUAUCCGGCUAUCCCCACUCGAAAAAACGGCAUCAGCGAAAGGUCCCGCAAACCCAAGCGCCGCGGCGGACCCGAUCACCCCAAUCCCAGCCCCAGGCCCGAGCCGAGAUCCAGGACCAGCCGCAUUGCCGCGGAUCGAGGGGAUGGCGCCGCAGCUGACCGGGGCACCCGGCUCGGCGGCCGCGGCGGGCGGCGCAGCGGCCGUCAAGCCGCAGUUCCACCACUACCACCACCGCCUGCCCCCGCGCCACCACCACCCCUCGCCGACGUCUCUCCUCUCCAAGCUCGCCUUCUGGUCCGUCUGCUCCCUCUCGCUCCUCCUCGCCUUCCUCCUCCUCUCACCCGCGGCGCCCGCCCCGCGGGCCGCGCCCGAGUCCCCGCGCCGCUCCCUCCACGCGUCCCCCUCGUCCACCGCCUCCUGGGGCGGCGCCGCCUGGGAGAAGAAGGUGCGGGCGUCGGCGCGCGUCAGGCGCUCCCGGGGCCACUCCGUCCUUGUCACGGGCGCCGCGGGCUUCGUCGGCUGCCACGCGGCCGCCGCGCUUCGACGCCGAGGGGACGGCGUGCUGGGCCUCGACAACUUCAACAACUACUACGACACGGCCCUCAAGCGCGGCCGCGCCGCACUCCUCGCCCGCUCGGGGGUUUACGUCGUUGACGGCGACAUCGCCGACGCCGAGCUCCUCGCCAAGCUGUUCGACGUCGUGCCCUUCACACAUGUCCUCCACCUCGCCGCGCAAGCCGGCGUGCGGCACGCACUCGUGGACCCCAUGUCUUAUGUGCGCGCCAAUGUUGCCGGUCUCGUGGCGCUGCUCGAGGCGGCGCGCUCAGCCAACCCUCAGCCCGCCAUCGUCUGGGCGUCGUCGUCUUCAGUGUACGGGCUCAACUCCCAUGUGCCUUUCUCCGAGCAUGACAGGACGGAUCGACCAGCCUCUCUCUAUGCAGCCACCAAGAAGGCCGGCGAGGAGAUUGCUCAUGUCUACAACCACAUCUAUGGUCUGUCACUCACCGCCCUCAGAUUCUUCACUGUCUAUGGGCCAUGGGGGCGUCCGGACAUGGCGUACUUCUUCUUCACCAGGGACAUCCUUGCUGGUCGGCCAAUUACCGUCUAUGAGAGUGCCGGUGGAGGUUCACACCAGACUACCAUUUCCCGGGAUUUCACCUACAUUGAUGACAUUGUGAAGGGCUGCGUAGCGGCCUUGGAUACAGCUGGUCGGAGCACAGGCAGUGGAGGCAAGAAGCGAGGUACGGCACCGUUCAGGACUUACAAUUUGGGCAACACUUCACCUGUGCCUGUUACACAGCUAGUGGAUUUGCUUGAGAAACUGCUCAAAGUGAAGGCUGUGAGGAAAGUUGUUAAGAUGCCAAGGAAUGGAGAUGUGCCAUACACGCAUGCUAAUGUAAGCCUUGCACAACGGGAGCUCGGUUACCAUCCAUCCACAGAUCUGCAAACAGGCCUCAAGAAGUUUGUGCGGUGGUACCUUGAGUACUACCAUCCUGAGCUGGCUGAGAAGCAGAAGCUGCGUACCAGUAGCAAUGGCAAGGGUUCACGUGGUCGCAAUGGCAGCUCAAUUAGCGCAAGAUGACUGUGUAUUUAGUGCCUUUAUGGCCUCUCCUGACGGCGUGUAUCAGAAUUCUACCUCCAUUCCUUAAUUCAUCAUAUUGAGAGGCUCAUUUUGCUCAGCAAAUUGUGAAAGUGGAACAGAAGUUAAGAAAUACUCACUAGGUAACCAUCAUAAUUCAAAAGUCUGAUGCUUCUCUUUGCUACCUCGUAGCUGAGCAUUUAGUUUCUAGUUCCAUUAGUUGGAUCUUACAAAGACACUGUUUCAAAGAUUUUUCAUGUCAUGGGUUUUGGGGGAUGACACUCUGUUGCGUAGACUACCAUAGAUUCUUUUGGUGACUUCUUCCACGGAAGAUAACUAAGUAUAUCAUGACUUUCUUUUGUUCAAUUGAAGUGACGAUGAUCAGCAAUUUGUCUA